AUGUUAUUAUUAUUUUGCAGAAACGUAAACAUCUUCGCUACCAGACUGGUCUUGCUGAUAGUCUUGAAUGCAGCGGGUGCAGGGUUCGCCGCUCCCAGUGUUCUGGUCACUAGACCAGUGAGUCGACUGUCAGUGGAAUGGCUUCCUAUGGACAACCAGACUUUGUACAAACUGGAGGAAGGCGAAAGUCGAACUUUGGAGCUCAACACAACACUAAUAUCACAAUCAGUGGUCUACAUCACGGUUAGCCCUUGUUCGAGGCAUUUGCAUUGGGCUUUCUAUAGAGGGCCAGCUGGUAGCGGUGACACACAGCUUCAGUUGGUCCAGGAACAUGGGGGUGGAGAAAUGCAUACGAUUACGUUCCUAAUAUCUAAACAAGAUAGAUAUGUUUUACAGUUAUCGUCAUCUAAAGAUGGCGCAGCAGCUGUUAGCGUGCGUGGAGAGGCAUCACGUCUCGUGCGCAUGCGCCUACGCGUUAGAUCUAAGAAACGUUUGUCGGCCAAUUGGGAUCCUAGUCCCAUAGACCCACAAGCCACGACAUACUGUGUGGUUGCAUCUUAUAGGAAGAACUAUACGUCACUAUGUGCGGCCCAAUAUGACAUUCGGCUGCGCCGUUCAGAAAAACGUUUCAAUUCCUACGAGGACCAGUCAAAUGAAACUGAUAGAAUCAAGGAAAAUGAUACAAGGAUAGCUGAAGCUAAUGAGCUGGAUAAUGAUAGUUUUAAUAUUUUCGAGGAAAAUUUUAAGAGUAUUUAUAGAAGAAAGAAGUUUGUUCCGUUAUGUAAAACAGGACGCAGUACGAAGGUUUCAAAUGAAGACCCAGUUAUUGCAUGUGUGGGAGAUAGGACGCAUCAUUUAAUUGAAAAUUUGGAUCCUACCACGACAUACUUCGUAAGUGUUUUCGGAGUUGCACGUGAUAGACGAUCUGGGUCGUUACUCGCCACUGGCAGUGUUCGUCCUCGAACAUCCACCGCCAAGAGAUUGCGAGAAAAUAUACCUUAUAAAGCUGAAAUAAAAGGGAAAAGCGUAUAUUAUUUGAAGACGUCUGGCAACAGCGGAUCAGGAUUAUGGGUGGUGGUCUCAACUUGCGGCGGUUCAGUUGACAUUGAAGUGUCGGUUAGAGGAAAGAAAUUGUAUAUCUCAAAAAAUAUAGAACCGCAUUUAAAAUUUUUCGUACCAGCGCCUAUAACUAGUUCGUCAAUGCAAGAAACAAGUGAUGAAGGCUCAGUACAAUUCGAUUCGAGCUCAGAGGAAUCUAAAAUAAGAUAUGUUAUAAGAGUGUUACCAAAUAAGAGGGAUGCUGAUGGUGCCGUCACAGUUGAGCUUGCUGCUUCAACAAGCAGAUGGGGCUUAAAUACUCCAGAAUUAGUGGAAGAUGGCGCUACAGUUCGUGAAUUAAGGCCAAAACGAUCAUGCAAAUCUGUAGAUAUAGCGUUUUUACCAGCUACACAUAAUGUGACCGACAUUAUAAGAUACUGUAUUCUAACCCGUGAAAUUGUGAAUACCGAUAGCGUUAUUUGCACUUUAUCAAAAAAGUCCCCAAAUAAGACUCAAUGUAUAAGCCAUAUGCAAAGACCUCCAACAAGAGUGAUAGUACAAAAAGUAAUGGGCCUUAAAGCGGGAAGAAAAUACGCUAUUCAAGUUACUGCCUCGUCUAAAGGAAGCUCCGUGCCAUAUAACGUUUUAUAUGUUGAUACGAACGUAUCAUGUAAAGAUGAGUAU